AAAAAGUAAAGUGAAAAAAUGUAAAGAACUACAAACAAAACAAAAAGAAAGUAAAAGAAAUAUCAUCAGCACAAAUAGCAAAACCAAACAAAUCAAAUAGACUAAAAGUGUUAGGUGUAGAAGGAGAGGAAGGUAGCAGAUAGUAGUAGUAGUAGUUAAUAAUCUCAAUUGCUGUUUCAUCUCUUAGACACGCGCCAUUCAGCGAUAGUGCAUUACAUACGCGCACAUACUAGCACACAACACCGACGUUCAUACAUACACACAGCUGCCUAACAUUGAUGAUCAUGCGUACUAUCUAAGAUGUAUUUACUUACAGACCUAACCUAACCAUUAAUAUAUAUAUAUAUAUAUAUAAAUAUAUAUAUGUAUAUAUAUAUAUAUAAAUAUAUGUAUAUAUAUAUAAAUAUAUAUUUUCUAAAUAUAUAAAUCACACAUAUUUACAAAUUAUAUAUGUUUGCUUCUAUAUACAGCUAAAUAAUUUCCGUUUAUAAAAAUAUUUCUAUAUAUACUAAUAUAUCUAUAUACAAAACCAUAUAUUGCCCAUACAUACACACACACAUAUAAGUAUAUAUAUAUAUAUAUUUUAAAUAUAUAUAUAUCUACCUAUCUAUCUAUCUAUAUAUAUAUAUAUAUAAAAUAUAUCCAGUCGUAUGCAUUCCAGGUUGUGCCAACUUAAAUAGUUCAAAAGUAAAAAGUCAUGGCUAAUGAAGUGCUCUCUGCUGCUUCGUCUCCCAUUAACUCAUCCCCGGUACCAAAUGAAGAAAAUUUGUGUAGAAACUGUGAGAAAAAGCUUAAACAGCCCAAAGUACUUGAUUGCUUACAUGUCUUUUGCCAAGAAUGUCUGCAGAGUACAGUGGACGAAAUCCACAACAGAACAGGUACCAUUCCUGAUAUGAUCGAAUGCAGUGUGUGUUCUCAAGGGACAAGGCUCUCUGCCAAAGGUAUUGAAAGCUUACCGUCAGAUGAUGUCAUGUCCGAUAUGCUGGAAGUUGACCUGGCCGAUGAUGACCCUAUUGUAUGUACCAGCUGUAAAGCCAAAGAGAAGGCCAUUGCAAGAUGUUCUGAUUGUGCCAAUUUCCUCUGUCCCCAUUGUGUGUCGGCUCACCAAUAUAUGAGAUGUUUUGAAGAUCAUAAGGUUAUAUCAUUUGAAGAUAUGCAAAAUGGGGAUGGACCUAAAUUUCUGAAGCCAAUGUUUUGUCGGAUUCAUCCAAGUGAAAAUGUAAAAUAUUUUUGUCUUUCAUGUCAGGAAGUGGUUUGCAAUGAUUGCAUUGCUGAAGAUCACCAGCAACCAGAACAUUUUACUGAAAAAAUUUCUAAUGUUGACACAAAGUUUUCUGAUGAGAUUAACAAUCUGAUAACAGAGAGUAAGAAUAAAAUAAAGCUUUUUGAAGAAACUAGUAACAAUCUUGAAAAUGCUUUAACUGAUAUGCAGAUGCAACGAGAUAAUGUUAAAGGACUUGUUCAAGAAACGUUCCAAAGUUACAAAACUGCUUUAGAAAACAGAAGGGAUGAAUUAUUAAAGGACUUAGAAGAAAUCCAUGCUGCUCAAGAAAUGUCUAUAAUAGAAAUGUGUCAUAAUGUUGGGAAGAAAAUUGAGAAGAUAGAAGAUGGAAGUAAAUUUGCAGAACGUGUUAUGAAAAAUGGGAACAGCUAUCAAAUACUCAUGUUACAUAAAGUCAUUGUCAAUCAGAUGCUAUAUCUUUUUAACAACAAUCCAAAGCCAGAUUUGAAUAGAACUAUUGAGUUCAAGACAAAUGACAUUGUAUUUACUGAAGCCAUCCGAAAAACAUUUGGUUCCAUUCAGCUGGUGAAUGCAAAUGACCCAAAGAUUGAAAAUCCAAUAUCAUCUCUUCAUUCAUCAUUUGAACAUGAAGGCUUCAGUCUGCCCACUGGUGUACUGAGUCCGGAGUUGCCUCAAGUAUCUACUUCAGAAUUUUCCAAUAUGCAUGCAGUUACACCAGUACCUAUUACUGGGGGAUCUCAUUUUAGUUCAUUGCACAUGUCAUCAUCUGAUUCUUCCCCAAUGGGAGUUGCAAUCACUGGUGCACACAACAUUCCUGAAAACAGCCUGUCACGUAGCUCUCACAGUCCUGCUAUGUCCGAUAGCGGCAUUUCAGUUGAUGCUGCUAGUACUAAUAGUGCACCAAGUGCCCCACUUUACCAUGAUAUGACAAAACUAGGACGAGGACAACUCUCUUUGAAUGAACACAUUGUUUCUGGAUUGAACAUAACUGUAAAUGGACUAACUACUUCUGGAAGUAGGACUGAAACGCCAGUUUCUCAAACUGAUUCCACUCUUGCCAAUAUACUUAGUCCAACUGCUACAACUUCACCUCUUCCAACCACAAAUUUAUCAAAUAUAGAUACACUAGUGGGAUUUUUAAAUCAGACGCCAUCAACAAACAUGAUCAACAACUUGGGAAAUUUAGGAAGCUUAAGUGGACUUGGUAACAUGGGGAUAAUGAAUUCACUCACCAAUAUAAAUUCAACUUCUACAUCAGGAUCAAUAUCAAAUACUUCUAGUGCAUCUAGUAAUAAUUUUCCUACAAAUAUAUCUCCACCAUAUCCUCCUAUUCGCAGAAGUAACAAAAUGAGCCCUAUGCAAAUAAGGUGCAAAUUUGGGCAGUUGGGGCCUGGCAAAGGACAGUUUAAUUCUCCUCAUGGCUUCUGUUUGGGUCUUGAAGAAGACAUUAUUGUUGCUGAUACAAACAAUCAUCGUAUACAAGUUUUUGAAAAAAAUGGAGAAUUUAAGUACCAGUUUGGAAUACCAGGAAGAGAUGAAGGUCAGCUUUGGUACCCGAGGAAAGUUGCUGUCAUGAGAAAUACUGGAAAAUAUGUUGUUUGUGACAGAGGAAAUGAAAGAUCCCGUAUGCAAAUUUUCACUAAAAAUGGACACUUUAUCAGGAAAAUUGCCAUCCGUUACAUUGACAUUGUUGCUGGUUUAGCAAUUACUCAACAAGGUCACAUUGUUGCUGUGGACAGUGUCUCGCCAACGGUGUUUUGUAUUGCUGAAACUGGAGACCUGAUUAAAUGGUUUGACUGCAGUGAUUAUAUGCGUGAACCAUCUGACAUUGCUAUUAGUGGAAAAGAAUAUUUUGUCUGUGAUUUCAAGGGACACUGUGUUGUUGUAUUCAAUGAGGAAGGGCAGUUUUUGAGACGUAUCGGAUGUGAAAGUAUCACAAAUUACCCGAAUGGAAUUGACAUCAGUGAUGCUGGAGAUGUUUUGGUUGGAGACAGUCAUGGUAACCGCUUUCAUGUUGCUGUAUUCCAAUCUGAUGGGUCUCUUAUAGGAGAAUUUGAGUGUCCUUAUGUCAAAGUUAGUCGUUGUUGUGGUCUCAAUAUAACAUCUGAAGGUUAUAUAGUUACACUUGCUAAAAACAACCAUCAUGUUCUUGUUCUAGACACUUUAUAUAUUACAUAGAUCUAUAUUUCGUUACUUUUUCCCAUGUUUAUUUACAGAUUUCAGUUAUGCUAAUUGAUCUUGGUACUGCUGAUCUUCAGCACUAGUAUUUUGUUUUCAAGCGCUGUUUUGAGAACUGUCAAAUCAGUGUUAUGUAUUUUUGCCUCUGAAUUAAUGCUGUCACUAUUUAAAUUGUUCUGUGGUGGCUUUUUGCUCUUAAAAGCAGUACCAAAGUUAACUUGAAAGAUCACAUUAAAUUUGUACAUUUCGAAGAAAAUAUAUUUUCCUCCCAGUAUUGACUUAUUUGUAUUUUACUUUUUCUUCCCUUAUUUUUGCUUGUAUCUGUUUCCCUCCAUUUUAGACAUUUUUGAAUUUAUUUUUAAUCGGUGUAUUUGAAUGUUACUCUGUAUUUUAAAUCCAUAUAGAUUUUUGCAAAUUUGGUUUAGCUAUAUAUAUUUAGAAAUUGUGUUACAUCUUUUUACCUCUUGAUAUUAAAUGUAAAUAAAUUUAUUUGAAAUACAUGA